GACCGGGAACGGGGGGUUCCGGGACUGGGGGGUUAUCCCCUGGAUCGGGAGUAUUCGGGACCGGGGCUGUGCGGGACUCGGGGCUGGGAGAAUCCCUUGGGAUCGGACUGAAACGGGGGGGGAUCCCCCGGGUGCGGGUUUGUGCGGGACCGGGGGGAUCCCGGGACUGGGCUGAGCGGAACCGGGGCGGGAGAACGUCCAGGGACCGGGAGCGCAUCCCGGGGCCGUGUGGGCUCCCCCGGGGCCGUGUGGGCUGCCCCGGGGCCGGAUCCAUCCGGGCUCGCGGCCGCAGGGGAUGCGCGGGGCGCUGCGGCUGGUCCGGUUCCGCGGGGCCGCGGGCGGGGGGCCCCGGCUCGGGCUGGAGGAGGCGCCCGGCGGGGACCUGGUGGAUCUGAGCGCGGCCGAGCCGGAGCUGCCCCGCUCCAUGCGGGAAUUCCUGGAGAUCGGCCCCCGCGGGCUGGAGCUCGCCCACAGAGCGCUGCAGUCGGGGCAGCACCGCGUGCCCCGGGCGGCCGCGCAGCUGCUGGCGCCCCUGGGGGACCCCCAGAAGGUGAUCUGCGUGGGGCUCAACUACCACGACCACUGCCAGGAGCAGGCCGUGAAGGUCCCCAAGGAGCCCCUCAUCUUCAGCAAGUUCCCCAGCGCCAUCACCGGGCCCUUCGAUGACAUCGUGCACCCGCAGGACACCAGCGAGCUGGACUGGGAGGUGGAGCUGGCUGCUGUCAUCGGGAAGAGGGGACGGCACAUCGAGGAGGCAGCAGCACUGCAGCACGUGUUGGGUUUCACGGUGGCCAACGACGUGAGCGCCCGGGACUGGCAGAUGCGGCGCAACGGGCGGCAGUGGCUGCUGGGCAAAACCUUCGACACCUUCUGUCCCCUGGGGCCGGCCAUUGUCACCAGGGAGGCGGUGCCAGACGUGCACAACCUGUGGAUCCGCUGCAGCGUCAACGGGCAGCGCAUGCAGGACAGCAACACCCGCCACCUCAUCUUCGGGGUGCCCGCCCUCGUCGCCUGGGUGUCCCGGUUCGUGACGCUGGUCCCCGGGGACAUCCUGCUGACGGGGACCCCCGCGGGAGUGGGGGUCUUCCGGAAACCGCCCGUUUUCCUCAAGCGCGGCGAUGAGGUGCGGUGUGAGAUCCAGGAGCUGGGCACCAUCUGCAACCGCGUGGUCUGAUGGCAAGAGGCGUCCCCGGCCCCACCGCCCCCUCGGGUCAAUAAAUCCACGAGCCACUGGGUCA